AUGUCCAACAGCAGCUCCAUCAGCCAGUUCCUCCUCCUGGCAUUCGCAGACAGGCGGGAGCUGCAGCUCCUGCACUUCUGGCUCUUCCUGGGCAUCUACCUGGCUGCCCUCCUGGGCAACGGCCUCAUCAUCACCACCAUCGCCUGGGACCACCACCUCCACACCCCCAUGUACUUCUUCCUGCUCAACCUCUCCCUCCUCGACCUGGGCUGCAUCUCCACCACCCUCCCCAAAGCCAUGGCCAAUUCCCUCUGGGACACCAGGGCCAUCUCCUACUCAGCAUGUGCUGCACAGCUCUUGUUCUUUUCAUUCUUCAUCUCACUGCACUACGGGACCCUCCUGGGCAGCAGAGCUUGUGUCCACAUGGCAGCAGCUGCCUGGGCCUCUGGGUUUCUCAAUGCUCUGCUGCACACAGCCAGUACAUUUUCACUGCCCCUCUGCCAGGGCAAUGCCCUGGGACAGUUCUUCUGUGAAAUCCCCCAGAUCCUCAAGCUCUCCUGCUCACACUCCUACCUCAGGGAACUUGGGCUUCUUGUGCUUAGUGCCUUUUCAUUCUUUGGCUGUUUUGUCUUCAUGGUGGUGUCCUAUGUGCAGAUCUUCAGGGCUGUGCUGAGGAUCCCCUCUCAGCAGGGAAGGCACAAAGCCUUUUCCACCUGCCUCCCUCACCUGGCCGUGGUCUCCCUGGUCACCAGCACUGGCAUCUUUGCCUACCUGAAGCCCCCCUCCAUCUCCUCCCCAUCCCUGGACCUGGUGGUGGCAGUUCUGUACUCAGUGGUGCCUCCAGUCUGCAAGGCGAGCUUGAACCUGCACCAGCCAGAGAUCACAGGCAGGGAAAUCCUGAAGGCUGCCAGGGGCAAACAGGACACGUUGGAGUGGCUGGAAGGGGCUGUGGGUCCCAGCGAGUGCCCCACGGGCAGUGUCACCCGGGGCUGGAUGAUGUCAUAG